AUGUCGAAUGGAUCAAUUGCUGUUAAACGUUCAUUAGGAUCUAAUGGGAAGCCCGACCUAAAAAAGCCAAAACUAAUAACUGAUUUCUUUCAACAGAAAUCAAAAGAUGUUACAGCUGAAUCUACCAAGAAAUCAGAGUCAAUUGGGAUUUCUAACAACCAAGAAAAGCAUACGACAAGCGUGAUAACCUCGAACGAAACGAUCGCUAAAGAAAAACUUAAUACUACAAAUAUGAACAUUAAUAAGGAUGACUCGAAACUUUCAGACGAAGAAAAGUACGCUGAAUUCUGUGCUGAGCAUAAUUUCAAUAAACAAGAAUGGGUUGACUCUUUGACAAUAGAACAGAGAGAUCUAUUAGACUUAGAGAUAAAACAUUUACAUAUUACAUGGUUAGUAUUUUUGCACAAAACAAUAACCCAACCAUAUUUUCUAAAAUUGAAGCUGUUUUUAAAAUCCCAAUCAAAUAAAACAGUCUUCCCUCCAAGAGAACAAAUUUAUUCAUGGUCUCAUUACACCCCAUUACCUUCUAUUAAAUGUCUUGUCUUGGGCCAGGACCCAUAUCACAAUUUCAAUCAAGCUCACGGGCUAGCAUUCUCAGUAUUAGAGCCAACUAGACCUCCUCCAUCUUUAUUGAAUAUCUACAAAACUUUGAAAAUCGAUUAUCCCAACUUCAAAAUCCCCGAAUAUCACGCAUUGGCCAAACAAGGUAAACCUGGAGGAGGUAAUUUGACCAGGUGGGCCAAACGAGGCGUCUUACUAUUGAAUGCUGUAUUAACCGUUGAAUGCCAUAAGGCAAAUAGUCACGCUAAACAAGGAUGGGAAACGUUCACAGAAGAAAUUUUAAAAACUGCAAUAAAUUAUUAUAACAAAGAACAAUCAAGUGGUUUCGUUAUAAUGGCAUGGGGUUCUCCAGCUCAAAAGAGAAUAUUGAAUUUUAAUGCUCUACUUAAAUCAAACAAGUUUUUAGUUUUAAAAACGGUUCAUCCAUCACCAUUAUCAGCUAGAAGAGGCUUUUUUGAUCUGAAAGUUUUCAAAAAUUGUAAUGAUUGGUUGGCCGAAAAUGGGAAUAAUAAGAUUGACUGGGGGUUAAUAGAUGGUAACGUAGUUCUUUAA